GGCCCCAUUCAAUCCCACCCUCCUAUCCCAGCCUGCCCUGGGCAGUAUCUGCUCCCCAUGUUCUCUCCUUUGGCUGAAGGGCAGAAUCCUGGAGGUAGGUACAGGGUGAUGCUUUUAUUGAUGCUACAGCAGGGUGCCACAGGCUCUUUGCUUUUAUCUAAUUGUAGGUUUUGUUGGAGAAAUUUAUAAAGGGUGGGGCUUAUGGGGCUUCUAGGAUUCAUGAGGCCACUGUGUGUGUCACUACUGAAGAAAAAGAAACCCCAGCACCAAAGACCACCUAGCAAUGGCUCUGUUUUCUCUUACUGCAUGGCAGUACAAGGACACAGACUAAGGAAUCACUCCAUCAAUAUGCUCGAGGCCAUGGUGGCUUUGCCGGGGGUGCCUAUUCCAGAUGAAGAUUUGUGCAUUUGCUAACAGAGGUCUAGGACAUUUUUCUUGUCCCUGGGUGUGCUGGAGGGAGUUCACAAUGCCAUUACUGGCUCCUGAAGGUGUCAGGGUAAUGGUGUGGGUGCAUAAAUGUCCUGUUAGGCUGGGCCACACUGUAAGGGAGGGUCAGAGCCGCUCUCUGUGACCUGGUGGUAGUCAGGCAGUCUUAUACUCUCCCCGCCUCUUCCCCGUGUGACAUCAUGGACAGACAAGUACACUGUAGACCUCAGGCAUAACAUCUGACUCUAACAGAUGGCCACCCCAGAACAAGUGGCAGCCCUUCCUGUAACAUAAGACCUCCGACUAGCAAGUGAUGUAGGUGUUAUGUGCCGGCGUUUCUUGGAAAGAUCCUCAGCUAACACCGUCCCAUAGCAGUUUGAUCUCUGGAGAAGUCAAGUCCCAUACAUCACAGUGAUGUUGUGUCCUCUGGGUGCUGUGGUGUGUGGUGUGCACAGGCUCUGGGGAUAUCUUGUGAUGGGUUUCCAAGGACCCUGCUUUGGAGGGACUCUGUCUUGGCCCCUGACAAGAACAUCAGGUUUCAGUCACAGCUCAGUCAUCCUUUAUGGUUAGGCUCUGUCCUGACCUCUGGUCCUCAGGACACCAAGUUUCCCCAUUUAUAAUUGCAGGGCUGGACUGGAGAACUUUCUAAAAUUUGUCCUGUGUACUACAGUGGGUAAAUGAACACAGGAAGGUUUCACGAGGACUUCCAGGAGCAGAAAGAGUUCACGGGUGGGGUCCUGCUCUUGGUUGAUGCUUGAGGCCACACACCCUAUCCUGCCCAGAGCUUUGACCCUCAUAACCCUGCUCUGUGUGAUGCUUGAACAAUUUAAUUAGGCUGGGAUAGGGCUGGUGUGUGUGUGUGUGUGUGUGUGUGUGUGUGUGUGUGUAAAUAGACUCUGAAGUACUCUGAAGUGUUUUCUGACAAAUGUGACCAGGGCUGAGACCCACUAACCUAGAUGUUAGUUGCUGGGAGGAAGGAUUUGAGGCUAGGAGUGCAGUUUUCCUGUCUUAUCAGUUGCUACUUUGUCCUUACCUCUGGUGUCCCUAAGUCAGCAACCACAGUGCAGACCUGAGGGGCUUCAGUGAAAGAAGUUCAGUGUUCUGUGUCUCUUGGUGUCUAGCAUGUACCCGAGGUGGUGAUAGCUAAAAUUAGGAUGCCCAAUUCUUUCUAAGCCCCCACUCGGGCACCAGUCUUAAUUCAAGUCUGAGUGUUUGCAGUGAGGCUUCUCUCCCGACUCCACCUGAGCAUGUGGCAAGCCUAAAGGAUGGAGGGUGUGUGGAGGGAUCCAGGCUGCCACCCUCAUCCUCCUGCUGGCGGGCGGUUCCUCGGCAACCGCCCAGCCUGACACCAGAUUGGAGUUCACAUGAUUCUGCCUCAGCUCAGGAAUGGGUAGCCUCCAGCUGGGGAUUUUCUAGAUGAGCUGGGAGGGUUUUCUGCAGGAAUUGAGAGAGGGAGAGCUCGUCCUGGUGCAGGGUUGCCAAUGCAUUGCCAAGCUGAGCUGUAGGAGUACAGAGUAUAGUUAGUUGAGGUGUGAGAGGAGAGCUUAGCUAGACAGAGUCAGAGCCGACUCUUCCUAGGUUCUCCUGCAGAGGACUCCUGGGCUGCUGAGGCUGGACUUCACUGACAGCUCUCCCUCUGCCCCUCAGCUGGCUGUAGACACCUCUCUGCCUUCCUUUGCCUCUCCAGGAGGCUCCAGAAAAGCCAGGCAGUGUGGGUAUAGGAUUGGAUAGUUUCCAAACUGACCAGCUUUUGGGACAGAAAUCAAUCUAAUAGCCCAAGACCUGUGUAUAAAGGAAAUGAAAUAGAGAGAAAAUACCAGCAUGCAUGACAAGCAUCAAGGGGUUCUCCUACCACCAGUGAGGAGCAGAUCUUGAUAGACUUGAGUCACCAUCUAUAAACAAGAUGGCACUAGAGAGAUUGACUCCAUCUCUAAGCGCAUGAGGGGUGAGGCCCCUUCUGGCCCAAAGAUGGGGAACAUCACUACGGACAACUCCUCGCUAUCCUGCCCCAUCGACCACACCAUCCACCAGACGCUGGCCCCGGUGGUCUAUGUGACCGUGCUGGUGGUAGGCUUCCCGGCCAACUGCCUGUCCCUUUACUUCGGCUACUUGCAGAUCAAGGCCCGGAAUGAACUGGGAGUGUACCUGUGCAACCUGACCAUUGCAGAUCUGUUCUACAUCUGUUCGCUCCCCUUCUGGCUGCAGUACGUACUCCAGCACGACAACUGGUCCCACGGUGACCUGUCCUGCCAGGUGUGUGGCAUCCUCCUCUAUGAGAACAUCUACAUCAGCGUGGGCUUCCUCUGUUGCAUCUCCAUCGACCGCUACCUGGCUGUGGCCCACCCCUUCCGCUUCCACCAGUUCCGAACCCUGAAGGCAGCCGUGGGUGUCAGUGUGUUCAUCUGGGCCAAGGAGCUGCUGACCAGCAUCUACUUCCUCAAGCAUAAGGAGGUCAUCGAGGACGAGGAUCGGCACCGAGUCUGCUUUGAGCAUUACCCCAUCCAGUCCUGGCAGCGUAGCAUCAACUACUACCGCUUCCUGGUGGGCUUCCUCUUCCCCAUCUGCCUGCUGCUGGCCUCCUACCAGGGCAUCCUGCGCGCCGUGCGCCGCAGCCACGGCACCCAGAAGAGCCGCAAGGACCAGAUUCAGCGGCUGGUGCUGAGCACUGUGGUCAUCUUCCUGGCUUGCUUCUUGCCCUACCACGUGCUGCUGCUGGUGCGCAGCCUCUGGGAGGCCAGCUGCGAGUUUGCCAAGAGCAUCUUCAACAUCUACCACUUCUCCCUCCUCCUCACCAGCUUCAACUGUGUAGCUGACCCGGUGCUGUACUGCUUCGUCAGCGAGACCACUCACAGGGACCUAGCCCGACUCCGAGCAGCCUGCCUAGCCUUCCUUACCUGCUCCAGGACAAGCAGGGCCAGGGAGGCCUACCCUCUGGGUGCCCCUGAGGCUUCUGGGAAAAGUGGGGCCCAGGGCGAGGAGCCGGAAUUGUUAACCAAGCUCCACUCAGCCUUCCAGACCCCUAACUCACUGGGAGUGGGAGGAUCGCCCACGGUUGGACUGGCCUAGCUUGAGUCAUCUGUAUGUGAGGCUAGGUUAGGCCUGAGCUUUCACCGACAGGCCUUGUGGCCUGGAGCUGGUGUGGUGGCUGCCAUCCACAUUGCCAUGCACAGGUGCCUCUUUCCUCAGGCAGGAACCGAGUGGUCUUGGGCCGCAGCUAGGUGCCCCCGGCCCCUGGAAGCCCUCACUGAGUACUGAACCUGGGCACUGCUGAGUGUAUGAAUGAGCCCUGUCUCCUCUCCUCUUCUCUGCUGCUACCUGAGCUGCAGGGGGGAGAGAGUCAGACUUGUCACUCUCAGGACGUUUGCAAAGAGCAGCAGGGCUGGGGCAUGGAGGAGGAGAGCAGGACCCUGGGUGUUCAACCGCCAAGCCUUCCAGUGUCACCUGCCGCCACACACGGGCUGUGGUCUUGUGUGACACAGGAAGCUGGUUAAGGUGAGGAAUGGGGUGGGGUGGGGGUACUGGUGUGGAUGGGACAGGAACAACAGCAGAGUGACAGUCCUAGGAGAAACCCCAGGGCCAGACACAUCUCACUUUUACAGGGCUGGUCGAGCCGGAAGGGCUGAUGGCAAACAAACCCCAGGGCUCUAUGGGGAGAUGCCAGGGGCUCUCCAAAUGUCACCUAAAGCUCAAAUAAGAGGAUUUGGGCCUGAAGCUGUGUCCCUAACCAAGUUCCUGACUAGGGCUUUUCUUAAUUAGCUUUUUGUUUCCAUCUGACCAGAGUACUAGCUAGACCUGAGAGCCUAAGGGAAGAGAGAGGGAGAAUAUAAAAAAUGGCAGGGUGGCCGGGCGGUGGUGGCGCACGCCUUUAAUCCCAGCACUCAGGAGGCAGAGGCAAGCGAUCGCUGUGAGUUCGAGGCGGGGCUGGACUGACAGCCUCCAAAACAAUACAGAGAAACCCUGUCUCCUAAAACAAACAAACAAAAAUGGCAGGGUGUCCAUGGCAACUGUGUGCCAAGACACUGAUACCAGAGUCAUGUGACUACUGUCAGAAACUCCUAUCCUUCACCCCAUACUCUAUAGACCAUUCAGCAGCCUUUGAGGGGGAGUAUGACAGCUUCCCGGAGUUCCUAGGUACAACCAAACUAACAUCAUCAUGCCUCUUAUAGGAGAGUUUGCCAAAGAUGGCUGCAUGCCAGAAAGACCCACACCUACCCCAGCCUAGGACCUUGUGGGACAAUGGUGAUAGCUGAAUUCCUUCAUCCCACAGUAUCCCGCCCCCUCCCUCCCCCUCCAUUUUGACCUGAAAUUCUGGAUUCUCACUGGCUUGGACUGGAACAAGAUGAGCUUGGCUCCUCUUACAAUGGAGAGCUGUAUUUUUUUUUUUUUUUAUUGUUGUCUCUCUUAUGCCAAGUAUCCCUGUGCUGGACUGUGAGGUGGAUUUAUGUAGUGACUUCAGUCUGCAAAUAAAACAAAAUAACCAAUCACA